GUGAAUAUAUAUAUUAGGCUGCUAGUAACAAGCUUUCCUUCACAAGUACGGUAGCCAUGGGGGAAUUCAAACACCUUGUAUUUGUUAAGUUCAAGGAAGGUGUGGCAGUUGAAGAGGUCAUAAAAGGGAUGGAGAAGUUGGUGAAGGAGAUUGAUGCUGUCAAGUCUUUUGAAUGGGGACAGGACAUUGAAAGCUUAGAUGUGCUGAGACAAGGUUUCACUCAUGCUUUCUUGAUGACAUUCAACAAGAAAGAAGACUUUGUUGCAUUUGAGAGCCACCCAAAUCAUAUUGAGUUCUCGACAACAUUUUCAGCAGCUAUUGAGAAUAUUGUGCUGUUGGAUUUCUCAUCUAAUCUUGUCAAGGCACAAGCAUGAUCCUGAUUCCUGAAGACAUUCCAGCAAUAAGGAUUCCAUCUUUACAAGUUAAAUCUAUUCUAGUGUACUUUGUACUCUUGUUUCGCUAUUUGUAGUUUUGUUAUGACUACGAGUUGGUACUUGCUCCAUAUC